CUGCAGCGCCUCUUCUCCCUCGCCAAGACGCUCUGAGACGCUUGUUAUUUCACACGUUUAUUCAAGGUAGGAAAUAGACACCAGCGCCUUGGACCUUGCCACCCUUAAUAAUACCCGGAAAAGACUCCAUGGGGUUGAAAUGACAGAGAAUGCUGAUGGGCCGCUGAGAGGUGACUAGGAGCUGAGUGAUGGCGGAGCCUGCGCCAGACACUUCGGGAUUUUCCCAGGACCUGUUCUCCCCACUGCAGUUUUGUGAGGUGGUGCAGGAGGGCCAGACAGCUCACCACCAUGUUAAAGAGGAGGAGCAGCAACAACAGCAGCAACAGCAGCAGCAGCAACAGCAGCAGCAGCAAGCCUCACAAGCACAGCCACGCCACACUCAGCAGUUGACAGCUGCUACUGCUGCCACCUCCCUCCCAAUGCCACAGGUUGCAUCCCUGGUGAGCUUGGCCGGGGUGACCACCAGCACGGCACCUCAGCAUGGCCACCUGCAGCCCCAGACGGUGGUGGCACAGAUGGUGCCACACCCACACGUCCAGCAGCAGCAGCAGCAGCAGCAGCAGCAGCAGCACCCACACCUGCACCCACAGCCCCACACCCAGCCCAGGCUCCUCCAGCAGCAGCAGAUGGCUGUCCAGCAGGCCACAGCACAGCAGCCAAUGGCACAGCAGCAGCUCAUGCAACAGCACCAGCAGCAGCAACAGGUCCAGCAACAGCAAACUCAGCAGCAGCAGCAGCAGCAGACACAGAUGAUGCAGUCACAGCAGCAACAACAGCAGCAAACUCAGCAGCAGCAGCAGCAGGCAAAACAGCUUCAACAGCAACAAGUACAAACAUUACAGCAAAUACAUCAGCAUCUACAACAGCAAGCACAACAACAGCAACAACAACAAGCACAACAGCAACAGCAGCAGGUGCAGCAGCAGCAGCAACAACAGCAACAGCAACAGCAGGUACAGCAGGCCCAGGAACAACAAAAACAGCAGCAAGCACAGCAACAUGUACAGCAACAAAUUCAGCAAGUCCAACAGCAACAGCAGCAGCAGCAGCAGCAGGCACCACCACCACACUCCCAGCCACAGCAGAUCCUCACUUCAGUCAGCAGCGUUCAGAUUGUCAACAGUCUGCAGCUGCCUGUGGCGGUACAGCAUGCAACAGCCACAGGUGUGUCAGGCAACAAGGUGGUGGCCUCGUGUCCCAUCACCACCACUGCCACGCCUGCCUCGGUCCCCCCACCUCUCAUAGUCAUUGUCAACAAGAGCAACAAUGGCGCCACCUCCAAUACCAUCAACACCGCCAUUGGCAGCAGCAAUGGCAUCAUCAACAGCACCGCCACUAGCAACAACACUAACAUCAACAGCAGCAAUAGCAACCAGACAACCCUGGUACCACAAACAGCGGCAACUACCACCACAACCACCACCACCACCUCUGCCACACCAGUCACUAAUGGAGCAGCAAGCAGUGAAGAUGUGAAGCCAGUGCCCGUGAAGAGGACGUGGCGGCGGCCGUGGAAGAAGAAGAAGGAGAGAGAGAAGAAGCAGCCAGUGAAGAAAGCACGGCGAGUCAAGAGAAAACGCAUCGUCGUACCAAAGAAAAAUAUUAUUCACAUUGAUCCUAAGAAUGGCCCAAUGAUUGACACGUCACUCAACCGUAUCAAGAGGGAGAGUGAGGAGGCCAUCAACCAGCUCAAGCAGAAGAGGCAGCGGAUUAAACUAAACCGGAACUCAGGCCGGGAGUACGUCAACCGCCUGGGAAAGGUGGUGGGUGCUCGGAUAAUCGGCCCACCCUGUCACUGUCCCCUCAAGUGCUGGGAGCGCAUGGGUUCCAAGAUACUCGAGAUCUUCAAUAACUUCUGGGACCUGAGUGACUUCAAUCUGCAGAACUCGUAUCUCUUCACCUGCCUCAAGCUGUGUGACGUUAAGCGACGCUACACCAAGAAGCCGGCGGAGGAGUCGCGGCGCCAGAACACCUUUGAGUACUUCGUGCGCAUCAACGGCAAGCACUUGAGGGUGUGCAAGCGUGCCUUCAUGAGCUGCCAUGGCCUGACCAGUGACAAGCGACUUCGCACACUCUUCCACCAGAUGAAGGAUGGAGCGCUGGUGCCUGAGCCGGACCGCCGGGGGAAGCACCUGCGUCCCGUCAAGUCACCCAAUGGACAGGUCAGUCCGUCAGACCAACAGCCACACCAGCCACACCACUCACACCCACACCACCAGACACAGCCAUACACCAACACCAACACCACCACCAAGACCAAGAAGGCCCGAGGCUCCAACAAGAAAAAGCAAAAUGGGAAAGCAGACACAGGAACAAGUGCAAAUGGCAAGACCAUGUACACACCUCCACCGCCACCCAUGAGCCACAUCCACCCCCACUGCACCCCGCCACCCCCCCCAGCACAUGGGGCCACCAUGCAGGAGCCCCCUCAUGCCUACAUACCCAAUGGGGACAUUUACUUCCCAGGCCAUUACCUGGAACCCCACCAGACAAUGGCCCCCCCACACAUGAACCAGAUCCCUCCCUGCCAGAAGAUGCUGGAGAGUCCUGCCUACUUCAUGGCUGGGAUGAAGGAGAACACCUUCCACCACUGGAAGUGGGACUGACUGAGAGCCUCUUGAUCAUCCUGAGUUGGACAGCAGACACUACAAAAAUCAACCCUAAUUCUGUGAUAAGUGUUUUAACUAAGGGGGUCCAUUUUAUUGUGUGAGCUUCCAUAUGCAUAUUAAGGUCUUACACACAGCAGGAAGAGAAGAGAGAGAGAAAGGGAGCACUCACUGGUGUGUCUACUAAUGUAAUCUGCCCCACCCAUUUUUAUUUUAUUUAUUUAUUUAUUUAUUUUUAUUUAUUUUUUUUGUCAUACCUGCUGAAAACAUUAUAUUUUACUAUAAACACACAUGCACACAGUCAAUCAGUAAUUAUCAUGUAUCAUAUAUGUAUGUAUGUACCUAUGUAAGUAUGUAGUAUGUUAGAAGCCUUUGAUGGAAGCUAAUUCAAAUGAUCUGAGUGGAAAUUGAAAAAAUAAAUGAAGGGGCAUUGACAUAUAGCACAUCAGUAUUAUAUUGUUCCAGAUCUUACUGUAACACUGGCCAGGGUGUGAGGUGCAGAGGUGCAUCCUCCAUCUUACUGGUCGCUGUGGCAUUAGUGGAAAUGUCAACAUGUGCUGCUAGGAUAUAUAUAUAUAUAUAUAUAUAUAUAUAUAACUUACAUUAAAAAAUAACUGGAUGUGAUGUGUGAGUGUAUCUCUCCAAGGUGAUGAAUGCCAUGUUUGCAAUCCAUCAUAAAAGUAAAAGCAGAGAAAUAUAUUUUGUUAGGGAUAGAGCCAGUAGGGGAAAAUGCAGAAUAUUAUGCUAGGAAGCUAGGGCGUUACAAGGAUUUCUCAUACAUUCCAUAAGUUAUGUGCUUACUUUAAGAUUUUCUAUCAUAGUACAGUAUACUCGGGUCUUUGGAUAUCAUUGUGCCGCUGAAGGCUGGGAGGCAGAAACAUUGAGUAAGGCCUGGUGCACUUAAGUGACUUUUGUUACUGCAGUCUGUUUUGGAAAUUAAAUGUGUUCCAGUAAGACCUCAUCCAUAGGUGAGAGAUAGCCACCAGUCAUCUGUGCAUGAUGCGCCAUUGUAACACAGUUAAACUUUUGAACUGGUUGUGACCACCAAAGUCACAGCAGCAAAAGUUACUUGUGCACCCCUGCCUUAGUGUAGAGAUGAUAGUAAUGUAAAAAAUUCUUAUCUCUCAAUCCCAUGAAAUCAUCCAGAAAAUCUUACUCUCCAAGUUUUUAAUUAUCAGCAGGGACUAAGACAGGAAACUCAAUGAAUUUUCUUAUGAAAACAUUCACUGGUAUUUUCUCUUUUCUCUUGAAAAAUUGCAUGAGGAUAUUUAGAAGUUAAAGCGACUUCCUUUCUUUGAUCUCUUUUCUUGCCCAUAGUCUUGUUCUGUUCAGCAUGGCAGCUAAGAGUGGAUGUGAUAUGUCUUGGUGUUUUACUGUGGACCUUUAGGGAAAUUGUAUUUUCUGCCUCCUCUCCUGUCAUCUUCCAACCAACCCUCAGGCUGUAAAAGGAGAAGGCAUGCUCUGAAGGGCUGCAUUUCUUGCUUGGUUUUUACCUUCCUAACUGUUGACUGACAUUGAAGCUACUGCUCUGAGACACAAUCACUGUUAAUGAGCAUAAUGUAUCCAUGGUUUAUUUUAUAACUCCAAAUUGCAACAAGACCACAGAUCAUAUAAAUAAUAAUAAUAAUAAUAAUAAUAAUAAUAAUAAUAAUAAUAAUAAUAAUCUUUGAAAUCAUCUGUGACAUCCAGAAAUAAAUUAAGGAGUUAAUCAAAAUUGUAAUUAUGAAGAUGCAUUUUGCUCAAAAAUCCAUCCUAAUAUUCCAUGGAUUAGUUGCUGUGAGAAAAUGUACAAGCAAAAGAAUCCCUGACUUGAGAAUAGAAAAAUUAUGUGGAGCAACACCACUAAUUCCUGCUGUGAUUUAUUUUUUGUGCAUGGCAGGAAUUAUGGUGUUUCAUCUGCUGAUUGCAGCCAGGAUGGGGAGAGAGGAGGGAGGACAGUGAAUUAGAAAUCUGUGCCACAUUAGGUUAAGAAAAGAAGUAGAAGCCAUUAUAGAAAUUAAUUUCCAAGUAAAUGUAGAGACAGACAGGUUGAAUGGAUGAAUGAAUGAAAAUUAGAUAAAAAAAAAUUUCAGUAUGAAUCAUACAAAGCAAUGGGAAUCUCAUUUACUUGAAUUGACUUGAGUCCCAAACACACUUGUGAGGGAAAUAGUGAUUAUGGUUCUGGGAAGACAACACAUUUCAGGGAAUGUGUGGUGCCUUUUGUAACCUUUACUUCACUCCCUUUAAAUCAAAUGUAACGUGAACUGUUCAGUCAGAUAAAAGUGCAAAUUGCAAAGAAAAUAAAGUCAGGUGAAAAGUCAAAAAACUGCACAAUAAAAUUUGAGUCCUAUUGGUUUUUGUGAAGCUGGUUGUGUUCAUCCAGUAUGGUUCUUGAGAGCAUGAUUUUAUAUUGGUACGUAUGUGAUUUUUAUUAGCUUUAAUUUCCAGAGGUUGUGAAAGUAGAAAAGAAAAUGCUAAAACUAUGUAUAAUGAGUUAAUGAACAGCUUCACCUUCUGUUCACCUUUAUAAUAGUUUUGUCAAGAAAGCAUGAUACUCAGCACAUUUUGGUAUGCAUGGUCAAUUUCAAUAUGGUUAUACAUACUUGAAUUGUUUUUAUGUAUUGACAGUUUUAGAGUAAUAUUUCACUUCAACUAGAGUAAUAACUCACUUCAACUAAACAUGAUUUAAUCAACAUGAUUCACAUUUGACUUCAUAUGAAAUGAUGCAUUCACCCCAAUAUGUGGUACUUCCAUUUUUCUGUUACUUUAUCUUAUGCAGCCUACAUGGAUGUGCCAUAGUCAAUUUAUCUUGCCCAAGCCUUGGUGAAAGCAAAUAAUGAUCAGCUAAUUGAAACUGGCACCACAGCAAGGACAUAUGAAACAAUAAUAGAUGUUCUUUUAUUUGUUGUAAUUUUAAGGCACAAGCUACUCACUGCAUUUAUCAUAGUUAUACUUAAAAUGAAAAUCAUAAUCUGGAGACGGAUUUCAAAAUAAAUAUUUCUAAAUCUGGUUAGUUAAGCUUAAAGAUGUUUACUUCUAGAUCACGUGUGCACAAUCAUGGUUUGUAGUCGAAUAACUUGACACAUUUACGUCUACCGUGUUCAGUGUUCCAUCAGUCUUAAGUUCUCUCACCUGCUAAGACCACUAGUUGUCAGGUUUUGUUAGGGGGCCGUCAGUAGAUUUGAGGACUUAAAAAUUGAAGAAAAACAACACAGUGGGGGUGAACACAGUAGGUUACUUGACAUAUGACCACUAGGAUGCUGUACUGCUGCUACAUCACUGUGCAUGCUUGUUUCCCACCUUCAAAGUGGCACAGCUGCUUCAUGUUUUGCAUGUGGAGAGAUUACAGAAUGUGCCAGUGUAUGAUGUGCAAUAAUCCUUCACAACUUGGAUUAUGCACUGAAUUUGAUCAAGGCAGCUGUGAAAUGUUUGGGAAGAAUAAUUUUGUUGAGUAUGAAGACAUUUUGAAAUGUUCAAGUAAAUACUGUCUCACAAAUUUCCUAUACUGUGUGGAUGUGUCCAGAUGUUUGUAUGCAUGAUAAAAUGUAUGACUAAAGAAAUGUUGCUGACAUUUAGGAGCUGGAGAAGUUGCAGAAUAAUACUUCCAUGCUGGAGUCUCCAUACAUUUCAACCUUUUCUCCGGAUUUGCUUGGAGUAGAAAGGGAGAUAUACGAACAUUUGUCAUAUGAACAAUAAAUAAUCUUCUAGUGUUUUAGGACAAUAUACAAAUGAAGAAAUAUACUUAAGGAAAACUUGUACGUAUCUUCCAUCUUGAGGAUGAAGUGUAGUGUAAACAUCAGUGUUACAAAUAUCUCAGUGCUUCUCAGAGUAACAUGAUGCAUACAGGUCAUAAUUAGAUUAAGAUAUUAGCAAGACAUAGCAUAGGACAAUUACUAAUUUUUUUGUUAGAGGACAGACAGACAAAUGAGGUCAAUGACUAUUAUUCUUGUAAACUGAUGUGAUGUAGACAGCUUCUGCCAAGUUUCUUUGCAUAGUUCAUCAUUGUAAUAAAAAAUCUGAAAUAAA